GGGGUACGAGAUACUAGGAGCCGAUCACUUGAAGAGAGGUGUCCGUCCCAUUGUCCUCAUUAAUGGCAUGUCGGGGCGAUAUGAAGAUUGGGAAACCCUCAGCAUGCCUCUCAGUAAAUUGAGACCUGUAUUGGUAUUCGAUCACCGAGAUUUCGGAGCUUCUAUAGUGAAGACGAGCAAGCGGGAGGAAAUUACUACGUUAUCGAUGGCAGAAGAUGCAAUCGCCCUCAUCGGUCAUCUCGGAUUCAGAGGCAUAGAUGCAUGCGGCGGGUCGAUGGGGGGCGUUAUUCUCCAACAAAUCCUCAUCCUCGCUUCUACCACACCAAGUGCAGUUCCUUUCCGGAUACACCAUGCUCUUCUCGCAGCUACAAUGACAAAAAUUCCUCGCGGUGACCCGGAGUUCAUUGAAUAUCUUGCCAAACCUCCACCGGUUGAUGUACGACUUACGGAUGAGGGGAAAAUGAUGAUUGCGAGACCUAUGGUUGAGCUUGGCUACGAUGCUGAUUUUCUAAGGACACCUGAAGGAAAAGCGAAAGUAGAAAAGCUCUUGCCUUCAAUGAUCCUUAAAAGACCCUCGAAACAAAUUGCUCGCCAGGCCUUAUCGGUCCGCAACACAGACACUCGCCCUCUCCUCCCCUCCAUACCAUCAUCAAUUCCCAUCCUAGUCAUCCACGGCACGAAAGAUCGUAUCAUUCACUACGCAGAAUCCAAUUAUCUCACCAGACAUAUCAAACAUGCAAAACGCAUCGCAAUCGAUCCAACUGGCAAGGUGCCAGGGAGUGUGCCCUCAGAGGCGUAUGGACAUUCAUGGUGUGAAUAUUUUGAGCCCCAGAUCUGGGUCAAUGUUGUGCAAACGUUCACCAAGGGGGGUGUAGAGGAAGAAAGGGCCAAAUUGUAACUUGUGUGGUAUGUCAUGAGGAAUCGCCUGACUGCACAUGGAUGCGGCGUGGACUAGGGGAUGUCGAAAUCAAGAAUGAUUAAGCCACACUGUUAGUCGUGGUUUCCAGCAUUGCGCCAAAGUCAUGACCAGAGCGACUUGGCACACAAGGUCCGCGAAAAGAGAACCUCUAUUUCAAUAGUGACUUGAUGUGGUCAGAAC